AUGAUAGUACUAAAAUGCUACUUCUUCAUAAUGAUAUUAAGCCGGAUGGUUCUCCAUAUGUGAUGACAUAUAUAGAUGAUAAAGAUGUUGUAAAACCUAAAAGAAUUUGGCAAAGAUACUUUGGUGCUUUGGAGCAUUCUGGUGCUUUGGAGCAUCUUGGUGCUUUGG